AUGGGCAAAGCCGGGAGGGGUCUCUUCCAAGAUGAGCCUGAAGAACCCCAGAAACGGUUGAGGAGGGCUCCCAAUUUGUUUGGCGCAGAGCCAGAAGAAUCUAGUAGCAGGAACUUGAAAACAACUGGUUCUGUGAGACCUGUUCCGGUCUUGUUUGGCGAUGAAGGGGAUGAACUCAACCCUUCGGCGCCUGAAGUUGACACCGAUGAUGAGGGGGCGCCACCUCCGAAGCCGACAUUGAAUCUGGACUGGUCUGCGUUGAAGCUCUUUGAUCAUGCAACUUUUUUGCAGAAAUCUGUAAAUGAGAGUAAGGUUCAGCCUCAAAAACGUACCUAUGACAACUCCAAGAGGGCCGAACAAGCUGCAAGCAGUUUGAAACACAAGGCUACAUCUUUCAAGGAAUCAGCUCUGAAAUCUGGACGGAUAGAAGAUCUCAUCCGAAAGCAUCAGUGUAAUUGUGGUUUGAAGAGUUGCUUCAAACAGCUUGACCUGGAUGACUGCAAGAAAUUCCUUGACAAGUUUUGGAACCUUGCCAAGUGUCCUCUGUUUACUUUCUUGGGUAGGCCCAUUGGACGUUUUUGCUUGUGCAAAGUGUUGGGGGUUGGCAUCAACCGCUUCAGAAAAGCUCUGUCCAUGACGCCUGACCUUCGAAUUGGCGCCCGUAAAGGGGAACGACAUGCAGCUUCCCAAUCUGUGAAUGCAUUCUUGGGUAUACUGUACGAUGGUGUGGCCGAGACAUUGCCUGAUAGAUUUGUACGCCGUGGAAGAUCUGCAAAGGGAGAAGAUCCAGAGUUUGAUUUCGACGAGGUGGAGGUGGACCCUGAGGAUGUCAAGGACUGGCUUGACAAACCAACAGGAAAAGCAUUGUGGAACGUCAUGCAGCCAGGGGCGUCAGCCAUCACCAAAUAUCUGGAACCAGGAACCGUUGCAGACUUGUACAGUCAUUAUCAAGCCACAAGACAUCUUUUUGGCGCUGUGGCUGUAUCGUACAGCACGUUCCUGUCGAUCUACAAGGAGAAAUGGUCUGACAUCCUCAAGUUCAGGCAGAAAUCCAUGUUCACGCAGUGCGAGCUUUGCUAUUGUUUCAAGGAGUCGAUUAAAAACGCUGGUUCUCUAGAAGAGAAAUUGGCAUCAGUGCUGGCCUACAGGGAGCAUCUGUCAGCGCAGUGGCGCGAUAGAUGCAUUUGUUGGAGCUUACAAGAGCUUGCGUUGGACCACAUGAGCGAUGUGUUGGUCAUUCAGGUCGACGGCCUUGACCAGUCUAAAUUUAGGCUGCCGAGAGAUCCAGCUCUCCGAGCAACUGCUUCAUCUGCUUUGGUGCAGGCCCAGCGCCCAAAGAUCAAAGUACAUGGUGUUUGGUGCUUUGGACCUUUGGAUUCAUAUAAUAGUUUUUCAUGGUGA